AUGCCUCUGGCGACGGUGGUCGUGGACGUGCCCACGGCGGUGUGGGAGAAAACAGCCGCACAGCCGCCGCGUGGUCCGUGGGUGUCGCGGUGCGACGAUCUGUCGUGUGCCACUUCGGGCCCCGAGAGGCCGCUGCGGCCCAAAGCCGAGAGCUGGGAGACGGCGGUCGGGCAACUCCCAGUGGCGGGGACUCGUGCGACGGAGGCGGCCGCGGCAGGAAGGCCGCAUUCCUCCCAGUCGUCUGGCUCCAACGGCGAGCAGGCGUUGCCGCCGCGGGCUCGCCCCGUUGACGGGGAUGAGCCGCCAGUGUUGAACACCGACACAUGCGUCCUUCUGCCCCUGCUAGACCGCAAAGGGGCGGUUGACUUCUCUGGCAGGCAGCUUACCGCACUGCCGUGCGUGCACGACGUGGCCGCCAAAUGGAGGCACGGCAGUGGCAGUAAAGCGGCGGUGCAGGCGCGCAUGCUGCAACUCUCGCACAACAGCAUCACCUCGCUUUUUGCGUCACCGGCGUCACUGGCGCCAGCGCAGCCCAUCGCACUUGCUGCCUUCACGAAGCUUGUGAUGCUGGAUGUGAGUCGCAACGAGCUGACGAGCCUUGCCGGCGUGGAGCAGAUGAAUUCCCUCCGCGUUCUGCAGGCCUCACGCAACAAGAUUGAGGACCUUGGGCCGCUCUUCGGUCCGGAUUCUGGUCUACGGCGGUCGGCGGCACUGCGGGUGCUUGACGUGAGCUUCAACCAGCUCCGCACCCUGCUGCCGGACCCGGUGGACAGUGCAGAUAAUUCCCUGCGUUGCGUGCACACGCUUGUGCUCUCCUACAACCAUCUCACACGGCUGAGUGACUUGGAUAGGCUCUUUCCCGACCUCCUGGAGCUCCGCGUGACGCGGAAUCAAAUUAUGGAGCCACCGCAAGCUCUCCCGAAACGAAUCUCUCGCCUCGACCUCCAACAGAACUACCUAGACGAGGCCGCCCAGGGGCGCGUGCGUGAGCUGCAGCGACGCAUGCGCUACCUGCGACAAGUUGACUUGGAUGGCCAGCGAACACGGCAGGAGGUCGCCGCCGAGGCCGACAACACCACCGGUGCUGAGGGCAUCCAAGGCAGCGAGAGCGAGGCGGGUGCGAGGGACGCUGGCGAGGUUCACCACCACCAUGCCGUUGCCGUUGACGAUGGCGCGACCGAGAAUGCGAGCCUAGACACGGUGGGCGUGGGCUCUCUGCCUCGCACAGAGGAGGAGGGGCGGUGCGGAGGCGCAGGGCAGUUGUGCUUGCGGGAAGCGGGUGCUCAACCCCGCAUGCGCCGCGCCCCGCCACACGACGCGUCUGUGGCGCCCGCAGCAUCGAUUUGGCAGCCGGAUCUCCGAUGGCUGGAAAAGGCCCCGCCGAAGGUGGCCGCCAUACUCGCGUGCGCCUUUGCGGCCGCCGCGCUGCGAACUUCUUCUCGCACUUCCCACUUUUGGGUGCAGCCGCGGGUCGUCGCGACGGGGCUCACUGGGGCGCUUGCCCUCAUCCAUGAAAUCUCCCAGACGGAGCUGGCGGGGCCGUGCCUCCGCCUCUACCUUGGCGACCCCAACCGAGGGGGCGUGGCAGCCGCCGCCGAAACCCCCGCGGCGCCGUGGGCGUUGACGCGGAAGGCGCCUUGCCUGCCUCUGGCGCACUCGACGGCGGCAGCGCAGGGGACGGUGGAGAAUGUGAAGGCGGUAGAGGAAGCGGACGCGGCUGGGAAGGAGAACGCCCCGCCGCAGCAGCGGCAGCGAGGGAAGGCGCCGCCACUAGAAAAGCUAACGGUGCCUCCCAGCUCCGCCCCGCCGCCUAUGCCGAAGCGAAACAUCUUCACGCGUGGGGCGUCCGGCCGGGAGUGGCUCAUCGACGAACUGAAGGCACCACUCAACUGGAGUGAGACGAGUCAGUGCCACCGCCCCUCUGGCCCGUGCCUGACGCGGCGCACAAAGCAGGAGCGAAUUGAUAGGCGUCGAAAGGGCCCUGCUCUCAGCGACGCACCGCAGGGCCAGAAGCCCACCUUUGGCCGCACCGUGCUGUGA